AGAGCACAAAAAGUAAACAGAAAUCUACUCCCCAAUUUCUUCCAUGGCUAAGAACGAUGACUCUUCAAGACCUCCACUCCACCGCCCCACCAUUACUCUGCCUCCGCGCCCUUCUAUGGACGCCUUCUUCGCCGCCGGACCCACUGGACUUAGCCCUGGCCCUAUGACCCUUGUCUCCAGUUUCUUCGCCGACGGUGCAGCUGACUCGCCUUCCUUCUCCCAGCUUCUCGCCGGAGCCAUGGGUUCUCCGAUGGCUAUGGGGUUUCUGGGAACUGGGUCCACACCCAAUUAUUACGCCAAGGAUGGAGGCAGCUCGGAAUUGGAAUUUGGGUUGAAGCAAUCGAAGCCACUCAAUUUGAUGGUGGCUCGGUCUCCUUUGUUCUCGGUCCCGCCAGGGCUCAGCCCCUCUGGGUUGCUUAAUUCGCCUGGCUUUUAUGGUCCUCAGAGUCCAUUUGGAAUGUCACACCAGCAGGCAUUGGCUCAGGUUACUGCUCAAGCGGCACUGGCACAUUCUCAUAUGCAUAUGCAGCAAGCUGAAUAUCAACAUUCUUUAGUACCAGCUCCUAUGGAACUGUUGACACGUGAUCCAUCGUUUACUCUUGAUGAAGCUUCUCAACUGUCAGUAUUACCCUCCACAUCAGACACAAAAAGUAUCAUUGCAGAAUCAACAGAAGUAUCUCAUUCUGAUAGAAAAUACCAACCUCCUCCUUCAAAUGCCUCUGAUAAACCUGCAGAUGAUGGCUAUAACUGGCGUAAAUACGGACAGAAGCUGGUUAAGGGCAGUGAAUAUCCACGAAGCUACUACAAAUGCACACAUUUGAAUUGCCCUGUCAAGAAGAAGAUCGAGCGCUCCCCUGAUGGUCAAAUUACUGAAAUUAUUUACAAAGGUCAGCAUAACCAUGAACCUCCUCCAGCCAACAAACGUGCAAGAGAUACUAGUGAACCAACUGGGUGUACAAAUUCUUUGACGAAGCCUGAAAGUAGAUCCCAAACUCAAGCUGGAAUUUUGAACAAGUCAAGUGAAAAUGUGCAAUUAGGUUCUAGUGACAGUGAAGAACAAGCUGAUACAGAGAUAACAGAAAACAGGGAUGAAGAUGAACCAAAUCCAAAGAGGCAGAACAUUGAUGUAGGGACAUCUGGUGUAGCUUUGUCUCAUAAAACACUCACAGAACCAAAAAUCAUUGUUCAAACUAGAAGCGAGGUCGACCUGUUAGAUGACGGUUAUAGGUGGCGCAAGUAUGGGCAGAAAGUGGUUAAAGGAAAUCCUAACCCCAGGAGCUACUACAAAUGUACUAGUGCUGGGUGCAACGUACGCAAGCAUGUUGAGAGGUCUUCUACAGACUCGAAAGCUGUCGUAACCACAUACGAAGGGAAACAUAACCAUGAUGUCCCUGCAGCUAGAAACAGCAGCCACAACACCGUGUCCCAGAUCAAACCGCUUAAGGUUGUAGCUCAGAAACAUCCAUUACUUAAAGAGAUGGAAUUUGGAAGUAAUGACCAGAGACCUGCCGUUUUGCGGCUUAAAGAAGAGCAAAUCACUGUGUAAACUGCUACGACAUAGUGCAACCUGGUCAGUAGUUGAUUUCAAGUGACUAACCAGUUUCAAAAAGGGGAGAAAAAGUUUCCAGUCACAUAAAUUUGAAUUUCACAGUCCGUGUUCGUGUUCGAGUCAAAAGUGCUCCAUUUGCCUUCUGCAAUUUACAUCCCAAAACUAGUUUCGACCAUGCCAAGGGAGAUACAAGGAGGACAGUCAAGACUGAUAUUAUAUGAUCAGAAUAAUGUUAUUACUUGUGUUUAUCUCAGCUUCCUGAGGCUGUUUCACCAUUGCAGCUGAGGUGAAAGGAAUAUACUGCAUCAUCCUAUAAGGUACAGGAAGUUGAGUACUCUUCCCUGUAAUUUUAGAAACCUGUUGUGUAGUGUGACUUCCCAAAUUCAAACUAGACAUUGUUUAUGUUCUGUAAAAUUUCAUGUAGUCCAUCAGUUUAUACCAAAAUAUGAACUGUACAAAUUGGAGCUGUGUGUAUAAAAUUCAGAAUCUUUAUAUUGGUUGUUGA